AUGGCUGCUGCCAUAAAGAUUGGCCAGCGACUCGAAGGAAAAAUUGGAACUUAUCUAGUCGGCGCUCAGAUAGUGAAAGAUGUUUGGACUGCGACAAGCGGCACCAUCCAGGCAGGAAAAUUCAUCGUCAAAACAGCCCCACAAGGACGACUUGAAAAUGAGAGACAAAUUCUAAAACGAUUUCAUGGUCAUGCCUCAAUUCGGCAGCUGAUCGACGAGGUCAUGCAUCCUCCGUGUUUAAUUUUGCAACAUCUAGAUGCUGAUGUGCUGCAUGCAUCACAUCUCAAAACAUUGGAACCUGCGGAUGUGAAGUUUGUGGCGAAGAGAGUGCUGCAAGCGAUUGCGGCUUUACACGAAGCGGGUUAUACACACACUGAUAUCAAGCCAGACAACAUCUUCGUAAAUUACGGCACUGGAGCAUCUCGUUUCAGCGAUGUUCGGCUAGGCGAUUUCGGUGAUGUCCUUCGUGUUGAUCCCAAGGAGUAUCUCAAGAUCGGAUUAGACGGCCCUCAUGUGGGAGCCGCCAUUUUCAGAAGUCCUGAAGCCAUGCUGCAGCUUAGAUGGGGCCAAUCAACUGACAUUUGGUCCUAUGGUGCAACACUUAUAAGUCUCAUCUGGGGUCUCAACUGGCAAAUGUUUAAGCCUGACCCUUCAGACGCCACUUCCGACGACUCAGGGUACAUCAUCCACAUCAUCAUAAAGCAGCUUGUUUACUUCGGUCCCACGCCUAAAUCCUUCAUUGAAAUUAUGCCGAUGAAGGAUACGGAAAGAUGGACUGUCUUGGCGGCUGCAACUCAAUGGAUUAUUGAUAAUAACAAAGGGAAGUCUUUUAAGUAUAUUGAGGAUGAGUGUUUGACGGAAGAGGAUAGAGAGUUUUUGCUGAGGGUUAUGAAGUUCGAUUCGAGAGAUCGGCCUACUGCGAGGGAAUUGCUGGGGGAUAAGUGGUUUGAUGGGGUGCCUUGA